ACACAAUGAGUAAUCAACGCACGGAGCAGGACUACGACAGUGCCACUCCGGCGCUGCAACAGCAGAUGAAUCUGGCCAGGCGUGCCUGCUGGAGGAACAAAAUCCCUCCCAGAUAUCCCCAGCUAGCUAAUCCCGAUCCAAUUGCGGAACAACCUCCACCGAGCGAUGAAACCAAAACACAAAACACAAGAACAAGAACACCAACAACCUGCACAUCCAGUCGACUGAGGGGUGGACUUUGGAGCAAAAGGAUGCUGCUCCUUGGCUUUGUAUUCCUCAUCCUUGGACUUACCCAGGGACGGCCCAACACGAGUGCCGUAAACGUGGGUACAGGCAAGGAUAGUGCUGCGUCUGCGGCUACGGAUGCGGUCACCCAGCUAAAUCUGCCUCAGACAACCGCCUUGGAUAUGGAUUUGAUGGAGACCACGCCCCCACUGCGUUUGCCACGUGCCGAACCACUGAAAUCUGGUGAGGAUGAGAAGGCCAAGGAUGAGGAUGGCCAUGGCAGUGAUGGCCACAAGAUGACCCGGUAUCAACUGUCAAGCGUGGAUUUUGGCCGGGUUAAGACGCCAUUUAUCAUUGGUAUAUGGAUACUGUCGGCCAGUAUAGCCAAGAUUGGUUUCCAUAUGACGCCCAAGCUGCAUCUGAUAUUUCCAGAGUCCUGCCUGCUAAUUGUCGUGGGCGUGGUCAUUGGCGUGGUGCUGUAUUUCUGCACAGAUGUUGCCGUGUCUCCGCUGACGCCCAAUACCUUCUUUUUCUAUAUGCUGCCACCGAUUAUCCUGGACGCAGGCUACUUUAUGCCCAAUCGAUUGUUCUUCGACAACCUGGGCACUAUCCUGCUGAUGGCCGUGGUCGGUACCAUCUUCAACAUUGCCACCAUCGGUGGCUCCCUUUAUGCCUGCGGAAUGAUGGGAAUUUACGGGGAGAGCGAGACUCCCGGCCUGAUGGACGUCUUCCUCUUCGCCUCGCUAAUAUCCGCCGUGGAUCCGGUGGCUGUUCUGGCCGUCUUUGAGGAGAUACACGUCAACGAGAUCCUGUAUAUUGUCGUCUUUGGCGAAUCCCUGCUGAACGACGCCGUUACGGUCGUCAUGUACCACAUGAUGGAGUCCUACAAUGAGAUUGGCUUGGACAAAAUCAUCGCCCAGGACAUAGCCAGCGGCGUGGGUUCAUUUUUUGUGGUUGCUCUGGGUGGCACUGCCAUAGGCAUCAUCUGGGGCUUCCUCACUGGUCUGGUGACCCGUUUCACCGAUCAUGUGCGUGUCAUAGAACCCAUUUUCAUAUUUGUAAUGGCCUAUUUGGCCUAUCUCAAUGCGGAAAUCUUUCACAUGAGCGGCAUUUUGGCCAUCACAUUCUGUGGUAUUACAAUGAAAAACUAUGUGGAAUCAAAUAUUUCACAAAAGUCGCACACGACUGUUAAAUAUGCCUUGAAGAUGUUGUCGAGUUCAGCGGAAACUAUCAUAUUUAUGUUCCUCGGCGUUGCCACUGUCAAUAAUAUGCACGUAUGGAAUACGUGGUUUGUGGUUCUCACUAUUGCCUUCUGUUCAGUGUUUCGUGUGAUUGGUGUCAUCCUGCUCUCGGCUCUUGCCAAUAGAUUCCGCCUACACAAGUUAUCCCGCGUGGAUCAGUUUGUGAUGUCUUACGGCGGUCUGCGUGGCGCUGUGGCCUUCGCCUUGGUGCUACUGGUGGAUGAGAAUGUGGUCAAGCAGAAGAAUAUGUUUGUGACCACCACAAUAGCUGUGAUCUACUUUACUGUCUUCCUGCAAGGCAUCACCAUCAAGCCGCUGGUCAAGAUACUCAAUGUGAAGCGGGCCAAUAAGCGUAAGCCCACUAUGAAUGAGCGUAUUCAUGAAAGGUUCAUGGACCAUUUGAUGGCUGGCAUUGAGGAUAUUGUGGGCAAGACGGGCAACUAUAAUGUGCGUGAUAAAUUCAAGCGUUUCGACAAUCGCUUCAUUCGCCCGUUGCUGAUCAGAGAUCUCAAGGGCGCUGAGCCGAAGAUCAUUGAGACGUACUCCAAACUGACAAUGCGCGAUGCCAUGGAGGUAAUGAGACGGAAUCCAUCGACUAUUGGCCAGAUGACGGGCACUGAGUCGAUGAGCGCCCUGUUCCGGAACUAUACCAAUAACUAUAUUGGCGGCAGUCCCAGUCUGACAAAUCUAGACAAUACUUGUUCACGUAAUCUGGACAUGGCUGAGCUGGAUUACAAUCCAUCCAAGAAGGAUCUGACUGAUGCCAAGAUCCAUCAUCUGUUGGCCGAAGAACUGAAGCCUUAUAGAAGGCACCGUCGUCUUAGUUAUAGCCGACACGCAGUAGAUGACAGAGAUUUGUCCACACAGGUCAAUUACAAAAUGCAAAUGAAUUUCCGGCGCAUGUUCAAUGAUCGCAAGCAUCACAAGCGCAGCAAACGUGGGGCCAGCAAUAAGGAGGCCAAGGAGAAUGUCAAGCAGAAUCAUGUCUCGUUCCAUGAUUUCCAACAGAACGGCACCACCAAGCAGCUCACCAAUGGUACGGGUUCGAGUUCAAACCAUUCACGAAAAAAAUCUUACAGAAAAAGACAUACUCACAAUUCACUUAACAAAUAUCGUAGAUUAGAAAUAGCCGACGAUUGCCAACAGAAUCCCAACGAGAUCAAUGUUGUUGGCCCCAGCGACGAUUGGGAUGAUGGCCUGACCUUCACCGCCAAAUCAUCACCUGACUCGGAUCGCGCCAAUAACAAUUCCCUGAUAGCCCACAUCCAAAACCUGCCCGGCUUCGAUGCCUCCAAGGCGCGCAUCGUCGUCCAGCACUAUGCGCCGCGGGUCGACGACAGUCCGGAACCAGAGUUAGACUCGCCGGAUCAGGCCGUCGGGCCCACGGCCGCCGAGCUGAUAUUGCCAUGGCGGCGGGAUCGUUCAUACCAGAGCAUUGUGGCGGAGCAUCCCAUACCCGAGGAGGAUCGCAAUUUGUCCCGCGAAUCCGAUGGCGAGAGACGCGUGGCCACGCCCACGGCCACGGAAUCCCAAUUGCCGUGGAAGCGGCAGGGCGACGAGUGUACGGAUGCAGUGCAGCAGAACGAGUUCCCGGCCUGGGCCUCCAACAAGGAGUACUUGGCCUACAACUCGCCCAGUGCAACAUUCCUAGGUGGUAUAAAUAAGCCUAAACAGCCCAAGUCCGUCAUAGGUCUCUUCCGGCGAGAGAGUUCCAGCUCCAAGGCCGGCAGCGUAGGCAUCGGCAGUUCGGGAACCGUGGAUGCCGGCAGCUCGGAUGCCAUGGUUGUGCCUCUGUCCACCGGACAACCGUCCGUUGUCCCAUCGACUUCCUCCAUGCACAAUCCGCGUCUGGACAAGCGCUCCCAGUCAAUUUCGUCGGGUUCGCUUGGCGCCGGACCCGGGGCCGGAGCUGGCAGCCACCAACUUGGUCCCGAUGGCCACUCGGGACCGUUUCCGGUCACGGCCAGUCAUCGUAGGAAUGUGCGCAGGGGCUCCAUGCUGGAGCUAAGCGGAGACACAAUACCCGAGGAGUCGUCGUACCAGCACGGGCACUCCAAGUCCCUCUGCGAGCCGACGGACACGGACGACUGGGAGGGAGCACCCCUGUCCGUCGCCGCAGCCGGCGGUGCGGCCAACAGCGAGCGAUUGAUCCAUAGUGGCCGAGAGCCGCUCCUGCCGCGUCCCUCCAAUACGCCGCGUGCCCAGAUCCGACGCAUGAACGCCGGAGCGGUGGGCGGAGCAGCAGUGAGUUUGGCCGGAAGAAAGAAUCAGGUGACCAAGGCGCUGUUGGAUUACGAGGAUUCUGAAACGGAUUCGGAGGAGAACGACGAUGACGAUGACGAGGAUGAGGACUUUGAUUCAUAUGAUGACGAGAACAUUGUGGUCACCACCUUUACCACUCCAGCACCGAGCAGGAGGCCGGGCUCUAGUCCGGGAUCGGAAGCAACCACCACCACGACUAGCAUUCGGCUGACCCGCAACAACGACGAGAGCAUCAUUUGAGUAUCGAGUACGGAUGGCGACGUGGAAGAGGACGCCCUGGAGGAGCAAGAGGAGCCACCAAGGCCAUCGACACGUUCGCGUCGAAGCCUGUUCCCCUACGAGAUGUUCUACUAGCCCCCGGACACACAUUUAUAUGAUUAGUUAGUAAGCCCAAAGUUGACACACAAAAAGAAAGAGUUGCUAAAUAGUUUACCAAGAAAAAAAGAGAAAUGGUUUUAAAGAAAGCUUUAUAAUUAAUUAAUUAAUUAAUUAAAACCAAACCGGAAGAGUCAAAAAGCAGCUUAGUUUAGGCGGAAAAUAGCGUGAAAAUUGUAUAUAAAACCAAAUAUUAUUGAAACACUAAUUAAUUUUUUUUCUUGAGUCGCUUUUAAACCUUUAACUUCCAGUUUUGUGUUUAGUAUUUAGUCGCAAACAAUUGUUAGUUAUUCUUAUGUACUACGUAUAUAUAUGCACUUGAAUUAUAUAUAUAAAACGAUUUAGUGAUUACAGCUGAUGUGUUCCAAAAAAUAUAUAGCAAGCAAGUAAAUUAAUGAAUUAACAAAAAGCAUAGCCAAAGUUCAUAUUAAGCCAACGCACUAAAGUUGAUUUCGUUGUUUGUUUUAGUUUAGGCCAAAAGUGUACUAAAAUUUAGAUCGCAUUUUGACAAUGUGUUGCUAAAAACAGUACUUACCAAGCGUACUUAGUUUGAUAAAAUAGUUAAAAGCGCAGAGUUUAGUUCAAUUUUAGCUUUAGUUCAUAAAUUAGGAUGCCCAACUUCAGAUAACUAUUAAAAGCAGGCUCAAAGGGGUCCCUGUCUCAAAGUAAUUAUUUUCUAAAUAGCCGAAGAGUCAAAACUAAAAUGAAAGUUUUUCCCAACUGAAACUGUGGCUAAAAAGUUAGCAUUCAUUGUCGUAGAAAUAAACUUUAAAUGCAUUUGUAAAACAUUAUAAUAUAUAUAUAUUUUUUUUUUUGUAUUUAGAACAGUCACAGUUGAGGAAAACUUUCGCUGUGGAAAACCUUAAAAUGUAUACACAAACUAAAAGUAACUAAAAGCGAAGAAGGUAAAUGAACAGAGUUAUGUAAUUUAUAAAUUAUUUUUGUAAACAUUUACGAACGAUAAAUAAUAUAAAAUGUAACUUAACUGAAGGUGGAAAUGUCAGACGGAGCGAGUGUGAGAGUGCAUGACUAGGAUUGAGCUAAACCAAAGCAUAAAAGUAAAGAUUAAUAUGCUCAAAACUAAAGAAAACCAAAGUAAAGUAAACACAAGAUAUAGAUAUAAAUGCUGAUGUAGAUCUAAAGGCGCAUUAGAAAACACGAAGCCAACUGGGAACACACACACACAGUAGCCAAUAAAACCGGAAGAGCAAAUAGUUUCUGGGAUUCCUACCUACCUAAACAAAAUAUUUGCGGGGACAAACAACUAAAGAAAAUCGUGGAAAUACCUACCUACUACGAUAUAUACAGUAUAUUUGUAUUUUCUAAAUAUAAUUUAACCAUUCUAAACCUAUGUCUUAAGUAGUUUAUGUUCUAUCCAAGAAAUUGCCUUCUGAAUAUGCAAACCACAGAGAUCAGUUCGAAUUGGAACGCAGAAAAUCCAAACCCCUUGGUUUCGUCUACUUAUUUCGAUCCGAAAGACAAUAAACAGCUUCAGGAGACGCCACAACAAGCUCUUGGAAAUUGUCAUUUCAAUAAAAUCUAGAAAAUCUAGAAAACUUUAAAAGGAAAUAUAAAUCAGAGCUGUGUUACCAUUAUAUGAGCAGUAGGUUCUCCCAUAUUAAAUUGAAUUAUUCGCAAUCUGUAUUACACAAAAAUUAAGCUGAUUUCACAAAAACGGAUUGUGGCCUAAACAAUUUAAGUAUUGGACAACGCUGUGGCUCAUAAAUAACUUACUUGCUUAGGUCCAUAAAGAAACUAAAAUUGAAUUCAAUUGAUAAAACUAAAUCGAACAAAAGUGUUUGCAAUUUUCAUACCGUAGGCCUUAAGUUGUGCAUACUUCAAAAAAUUGAAUACAACAAAUAUUGAUAGCGCAAAAUAAAAUUAAAACUAAAAACACAAGAGCUAAAAACAACACAAAAGAAAAACCCAAAAAGAA